GCCAGUGCUCGUGGGAUCGCGAUCGGGACAGCGCUAUUCAAAAUUACCAUUCACAUAUUUCACUGGACUUCAGGGCGAGUAGACGCAACAUUUGCGAGCUUGAUUAUUUUCCUACUGGAGCUUGAAUGAAGCGUGGAAAACUUGCGAGAGGUUGGAAUACUUGCCGGUAGUUCUUACUAGUUUGCCGAGCCAUUAUAGCCGAUCACUGGCUACAACGAGUUUUUGAAAUCUUCACGGAUAAGUGGAAGGUACAAUUUCAAGUGGAUAUUUGCUGGGGAAGUUUUCAGACACCACCGACCGUCGAUCGGAAUUAACCAGCUAUUGGGGAAAACAGGAAUAUCGCUACUGUGGUGAAAUAAGACUAGUAAUAGUAUUGGAACCAAUACUUAUUACAGGAUUUAAGGACACACUGGAAUCGAUAGCCAUCGUUUGUUACGUUACUGUUUGUGUAAAAUAAUCGUGAGCCGAUUUGUGUAACGACGGUAACAAAAAGAGUAGGCUUUUCGAGUCUGCAGACCGGAGUGCAGCCAUGGCAAGGAGUGCAGCAUUCAUCACCGUGCUGGUGAUGGGAUUACUAGCGGAGCUGAAGCUCGUGGGGACCCAGUAUAUUCCACCACAGGGAGGAGUGAAUUAUAAUGACCAACAGCAACAACAGGGUUACUAUCAGCAGCAGGGUAAUCAGCAGCAGCAGUACGCGGGGUACGGAGGAGGGCCAGCCCCGGGAUCCAUGGAUCCUAUCCCGGUCCGGACAUCGGGGAUUCCAAUGGCGUCGUCGGGCAAUGAACUGGGAGCUGGAAUGCCACACGUUUGUCCCUACCAAGAACCCUCGAUGAUAGGCCACCGACGGCCCUGCGUCAAAGCCUACACUAGGAUGGUAAAAGUAUGGAGGCCCAACUGUGGCUACUCUGGCCAGUGGUGCGUCGGAUAUGAACGCAGAACUGCAUACUACACAUCGUACCGUCUCGUUUAUGAAAACUCUUACGUCACCCGCUACAAGUGCUGUCACGGCUGGUCGCGAUUCAACGGCGAAUCAGGCUGCAUGUAUCGUAAGUAA